AUGGCCCGCUUAUCAGCCUGGGUAACCCUCGCGGGCCUGCUCGCUCAGCAGACUGCGGCCUCCGUCGUCAGGAAUGGCGUCGAACUCCCUGCUUGCGCGAACCAUUUCUCGCCUUUCGAAGCUACCGGAUGCUACCAAGACUAUGAUGGGAAAACCCUGGACUUCCGGUCAACCGUAUCAUCGAAGGGCAUGACCGCCUACAAGUGCCAGGCCAUCUGUAAAGGCAAUGGCUAUCAGUUCUCGGGACUCAAGUAUUACGGCAUCUGCUUUUGUGGAUCGAAACUUGAGGGACCCAAGCUCCCAGAGUCAAACUGCACGCUUCCGUGCGACGGGGACCAGAAGGAGAGCUGUGGUGGUACCGACAGCUUAACCGUUUAUCGGGAUACGACGUUCCUGAAGCUCGGCGAUGCUGUUGAUGAUGACGACUACGACGACACAGGCUGCUUCACCGACGACUCGGCUGUGGGCCGUACGCUCGGCUUCCGCGCGAACAUCGAUGCUGCCAAGGUGACGCCCGCAACUUGUAUCAAGGCUUGCCUUGAUCGCGGCCUUCCGUUUGCCGGUGUUGAGUUUGGUGGCGAAUGUUGGUGUGGUGCUCUCGUCAGCCCCUUUGCCAAGGAGGUUAAUGACACGGACUGCAACAUGCCCUGCGGCGGCGACCAGUCUCUGGACUGCGGCGGCCGGAACCGAAUCAAUAUCUUCCGGGCCUCCGAACUACUCUCCCAGGACCCAUGCGAGAAUGACAAUGAAGCACCGCCGCGCAGUUCCUCUCCAACUCAGACCACCACCAAGCCCACGGACAAGCCCACGGACAAGCCCACAGACAAGUCGCCAGCGACUACCAGGACACCAACUCCGACGACUCCUGCGACAGGCACAGCGACAGGCACAGCGACAGGCACAGCGACAGCCACCAGCACCAAGAUCUGCACCACAGUGGUCCCCAAGGAUGAGUGGUGUGUCGGUAAAUGGUGCAACGAGCCUCUCCCGGACUUCUUCAACGAGAAGACGUGCUUCGCAUCCUGGGCCAAGUGCCACCUCCAGACACACGCAUGCCUGAAGUUCGCCGGAUGGCCGGCGGCCCUCGAGUGCGCCGACUACAAAAAGUGGUGCAAGGACGCCAAGCUCUUCUGCCGCAGGUCGUGCACCAGCAAGUCGAGAAACUGCUCCAAGGCCGGGCACCACGCCGAGAACCCCCCGCGCGGCGGCGACAACAAGGACCCCGUCACCAAGACGGUGCCCUGCGACGAGGCCACGGGCACCAUGACCCCCGGCACCAUCCCCGAGCCCACGAACCUCUGCGUGCAGCCCCACAACCCGGGCCGCGGGUACACGACCGAGGACCCCGUCGGCGACAUUGACCUGCCCGUCGUCACCUGCAACAACAACGAGGCCGACCACAAGCGCGGUAACCCGUUCAAGCAGUAUGACCACUCCAACUGGGGCCAUUGUCCCUCGUACAAGCGCGGCGACGUGCCCAAGGCCUGCAAGGACGCCUGCAAGCAACAGUACGAGCGAUGCCGUGGCGUCUACGCCAAGUCGCGCGACACCAAAAAGGACCGCAAGGACGAUGAUGAUUAUGACGAUGACAAGAAGCACAAGCACAAGGGGAAGCACGAAGACAAGGAACACGGAGACAGGAAGCACGGCGGAAAAAAGGGGAAGAAGCACGAGAGGCGCUCUACUGGCGGCGGCGGCGGCGGCGAGUUGAGCGCUGGCACCAUCGCUCACCCCAAGGAUGAGUAUCACACCGCUCUCCGUCAGUGCAAGGACCAGUACGAGGACUGCCGCAAGGUCAACGCCGAUAUCAAGGGGGAUGAUAAGUGCGCUCGCUUUGGCGGCCCAUGGUAA